AUGUAGUAAAUAGAAGAACUUAUAUGUCCAGAAUGCCAAAUGAUGUUUAAUGAGUAUGACAAUUUACCAUUGAUGCUUCCAGAUUGUGGACAUACAAUAUGUUAAAUUUUAUAUUGUGUCCAGAAGAUGGGUAAACUGAUUAUUUAUAAAAGUAUCAUGGCUAAAAAUAAAAGUGACAUCUCACAAUUUCCAAAGAACUGCUAAUUGUUAAAAAUGGUCAUUAAACAUAAAGCCUAAUACUAGUAAAGUAGAUAAUCAGCAAGAAAUGACGAUAGUGAUAUAGGUUAUCAACUCUAAUUGAACAACUUAAUUUCAAAUGAUAUUCCAAAUGAUUUAUGCUAGGAACAUCUAGAAAAAUUGGAAAUAGUAUGUUUUACAGAUCAAGUAAGAAUUUGUACAAGAUGUGCUUUAUUUGGAUAACAUCGACAUCAUGAGGUUCGUUCUGUUGAUGACGUUGUAAAAGAGAUAACCCAAAAAGCUGAAAAUAUAAUGCAGAUAUAUUAAAAGAUACUCUAAAAAUAAUGUGAAUUAACUGAGUCAAAAUAUUUUGAACCACUAUAGGAAAGAUUUUCAAUUGUACUAGCCGAGAGUCAUAAUACAGUCAAGGAAAAAUUCAAAGAACUGCAUUAAUUAUUAGAUCUCAAAGAACAAAGACUUAUUGAAUAAUUAACCACAUUAACAUAAUCAUUAGAACAAUAAACAAAAAAGUAAAUUAAAGAAUUGUUGCAAAGUUCAUUAUCUUAAGCGGAAUUAUGGAAGAUUACAGCUAAGGAUCGAUUGGUUUAUUUCUCAACAAAAACAGAAAAUGGAGAAUUGCCUUUAGAUUUAUUAAAUAAUCAAGAUUAUGCUUGUGUAGACAAGGGAAAGGGAAUUCAAGAGGAAUUGGAGAAGAUAUAAAAAUAAUUAGAUCUUAAACUAUAGAAUAUCAAAAUAAAGAAAUUAAGAGUUGAUCUCAAAAAGACAGAAAUCGAUAAGAGUUUUGAUAAUCUCUUUACCAUUACAUUAUAAUUGAGUAGAGUCAAUAAUCCCACCAAUAUGACCAAAAGUAGUUAAAUUUUAAAAACUUCCAAUUCUUUAACAGAUUCAACAUUAUUGUAGGACAUUAAAAGAAAUGAGAGUUUUAGUAAAUUAUGUGGCUAGGAUGUUUUCUCAAGUUUUUGUUAAGAUGAACCAAUGCUACUUAAAGAUAUAUUUAUGGCAGAUUGGAGUGAGAGUCUUAUGGAAGAAACCACAAAUAUUACUCAAGUGAGAAGUCCAAAUAGAAGUAGUUUAGAAUAAGAAGAUUUUGUUAAAAAUAAAAUGGGAUCUGGGUUGAAGGAACUAAAAGAAAUUUAACCUGUGUCGGUUUCUUAAAAUAUUUAAUCAACCACUCCAACAAAACCAGAGAGAAUUUAGAUUAGGGCUUUAGAGAAAUUAAAAGGAUCUUUUUAAUAACCAAGCCCUGGUAGGAGGGAUAUAGAAUAGGUUAAUUCCAUCAGACAAGGAAUUAGUCCUAAUACUAAAAUUUAGGAUUGCAAGAGGAAAAAAAGUUUAAGAUCAAUGAGAAAUUUGAAAGUGUCUGGCAGUCAUUUAAAAAUGAUAAUUUAGAAAUAGCUGAUUUCUCAAGUGCAGACUUGGGAGAUGAAGGGUUAUAAUUUAUUGGUGAUAUUCUCAGAAUAUCGAAGAGAGUUAAACAACUUAAAUUGGUGA